AAAAAAAACCCUAGAAUUCACAAUUUCUAUACACUCUUUUGAAACUUUUGACUCUUCUAACGCACACUUAAUCGAAAUUAACCAUUAGCCACCGUCUCGCAGACUUAAUCUGACUGCGCCACCCGCAAACGUUUUCCAUGGUAUAGGAAACGGCGUCACUUAGUUGAAAUCAAAUUCAAAUCCUUUUUUAUGGUAAUUAAUACCUCUUGCCCCUUCUUUUUGCAAUUCUCAAGUCCGAUGAUUGAUUCGAAUAGCUUAUUGUCUUCCAUCUUCUCUCCCGCUUAAUCAUCCUCGUCUUUCUGUUCGGAAAUAAGCAGCUUUGGUGGAACUAAGUUAUCAAUCUUGCUGAAGAAGAUGAAGAGGAAGAUGGUAGACGGGAUUUCCGAUUUUAGACUCUCUAAGUGUGCAAAAAGUGAGCGGUCUCUUGGGGAUCGUAUUAGUCUGCUACCAAGUGAAAUUCUUGUUCACAUCCUAUCUUUUCUGACGCUGAAAGAAGCUGGCAGAACAAGUGUUCUGUCAAAACGUUGGAUGGAACUUUGGGCCUUUGUUGUGCAACUCGAUUUUGAUGCUUCUAAGGUGUCAUCUUUCGGAACUCCUCUCUUUCCAGAGAAAAGGCAACAAUAUGUUGAGUGGGUGGAGAAGGUCCUGGAAUCGCACAAGGCCCCUGUAAUUAUAAAGUUCAGAAUUUGCUUUGAGCUGAACAAAUACUUCCAAAAUCUUGUUGAUAUGUGGCUUCACUAUGCUUUUUCUAAGAGAGUGGAAAGGCUGGAAGUGGACUUGUUGAGAGUUGGCCACCCCUUGUGUCCUUCUCCGGAACCUUGUCAUUUUCCUGCUGGGCUCCUUGACCAGAGUAGUGACAAACGUUCAGAGGAAUCUCAUUAUAUUGACUAUGGCAAAAGCAUUCAUAAUGUUGUGAUUACCAGAUUUAGUUGCCUCAGAUCAUUAUCUUUAUCAGGGGUAGUUGUGACUGGAGUGGAUUUUGAUCUUUUCUUGCUCAAGUUCCCUUGCCUUGAGUGUCUGAUAGUGCGGAGCUCACACUCACAAGAUAUGUCAGCUGUUACAGUUUCUGGCUCAUCUCUUGCACUCAGAUAUUUGGAGAUAACUUAUUGUAAAUAUUUACAGUCUAUUAUCGUGCGUGAUACUUGUCUUGUCUCCCUUAUUAUUACACGGGUUAGUAAUUUGCAGCUUGAAAAUGUUCCAAGGCUUGUAAAUGUGCGUGUUUCUGGAUGGCUGGUUAGAGAAAUAAUUCCACAACUUUCCAGCUUCCUGUCGAGACUCGAGGUUCUUACCUUACAUUUCGUAGAUGAUGAUGUCAGAGAGGUUAGUAUCUAUUUUUAUUCAAUAGAAAUUGAUUUUUAGCCAAAGUAUAUGUUAGUUGUAUUAAUUUUAUCAACUACUCUCUAUGCUUUCUUAUAAUU